AUGGGCGACGAUGCAAAAGGCAUCACAGGCUUUUUGGUAGCCAUGCCUGCGCACGUGUCCACGGAAGAUGUUGGAGACCUCGUCCAGCUUGCCAUUCACUACUCAAGUAUCACGCCAGAGUCGAUUCGUAGCCAAUAUACAAACCCGCUCUUUGGAUCGGGGCGCCUGCGCGAUGAGCAGAGCCCAGCCCGUGCUCUUUGCUUUGACAUGUCACCUAGUGCUGUCGUGAACAGGUCUAGUAGCAAGUCAGCCCCUUUGUUCCUUGUGGAUGUGCGGCCCAUUGACCGUUAUGAUGACGGUCAUUUCAUCAACACACAAUGGCACCUCGAUUCCAAGUUGAUGAUGGAUGAUCCUGCCGCGUUUGAGACCGAGCUGAGCAAGAUGGAGGAGGCGCUUACGGCAUCAGACAAGCACAUUUGCCUCAUGGGCCAAACUGCCCACGAUGGCUUGGUGGACAUGCUGGUUGCACGACUGUUGCAGCGCCAUUUCAAAUACGUCAGCCUGGUCCGCGGUGGCUACGUGGCAUUGUACGAGUACAUCGAGUCUCAACAGGCCCUGGACACCAUGCUCGAUGGCUUGGAUCUUGCAGCCUCUAUUCGAGAAGGUGUUGAUCCGUUGCAAGCUGAUCCUGCGGUGGUCGUGACACAGCGAUCAUUGACGCAGCGUUUGGCCGGGCUGCUCAAGCGCGGCCCAAAAUUGCAAGGCGAACAUGUUGGAGAGGAAGAGAAGACGGCCGCUGCCGGCGAUUCAAGCCCGCCUUCUGUUGCCAUUGCCGACAGUGCGCCAACAGCACAAGCUGCUAAGCCCAAACAGUCUGCCACUGACGAGGAGCGCCCGGCCUCGAGCUGGUGGACUGAGAAACGUCAACAAUACGCCGCCCGGGCAAACACGUGGGGCUCGCGGUUCAAAGAGAAGUCGAGUCAAUAUGCGUCUGCCUUGUCUGAAAAGAGCAAGGUCAUCAAAGCAAAUUUGGUUAAAAACCUCAAGUCGGGUGGCGGUGACAUGUAUCGGGGCGGUGAUAUUCAUACCAACUUCAGCAUUGAUGAUGAAGACGAAGACGAGGAUCACAGUGGCCAAGCCCGCACUGCAGACGCCGCAUCUGACCCUACUGCUGAUGACCACAGCAUGGAGGCUGAUGUCAAGCAUGCUCUCUUGCGUCGCACAGCCAGCGGUCAGCUGAUUGUGGACGUCAGCAAGCUGGAGGCGGCUGCUCCUCAGCACACCAUUUUUCAGUGCAACGAGGUCGUGGGCGAUCUCAUCUACCCUUCAUGGUUGAUCCUUACUGAGUUUCACAUUCUCAAGCUGCGGGCCAUUCAGUCUAGCAACUCUGUCAUUCGAGCUGCCAUCAUGUGGCGGCGAGCACUGACAUCCAUCGUGCGCAUCACGGCAAAGAAGAAGUAUCCAACUUUACUCAGUUUUGUCUAUCAGGAAUCAUUUGACGUGAGCAAUCCCGACAAUACUGAAUUGCGGGAGCGCUACCUGGUUCCGCAGGCCGCCGAGGCCAAAUCGGCACUUCGGGACGCCAUUGCUCGCUCGCAACAAAUCAAAACUGCAGCUCUGAUGCCGUCCUCUCCACCACCUGACGAGGCGCCCGAACGCGUGGAUACCACAGCCGAGGCCCCACUCGUUGAUCUUGAUGGCAACUCUACUGCUGCUGCCGAAUCGGCCCCCGCAAACAAAUUGGCUUCAAGUGCGAACGAAGCCGCGGGGAGUGACGAUCUGGAUGAAAUCGAGCAAGAGCUGCUUCGUGAAAUUGCAGCUGAAGAAUCAGCACAAAAACAAGCAGCGGCACCGCCAGCCGCAACAAAUGAUCUUGAUGAUCUCUUUGAGUAACCUGGCACACCAACCAUUUUUAAUCUUCCCCUCUGCUCUGUCCAAUUCAGAAUCUUUCUAGUC